UCAUUGCGCCGUUAUUAUAAUUUUAUUUUUUUCAAUUAUCCGUAUUGUGAUUGCCACUGCCAUCAUUUAGCUGUCGUUGUUUGUUUUUACUAUCGGUUCAUAUAAACAUUGACAAGUUGAAUGCGAACGCGUUCAGAUCGCAACCAAUCGUUUCCGAGGCAACAACAGAGAAAAUGCGCACUAACUUCGGUGGUAUUCAGUGGUGGAAAUGCCUUCGUGGAUGGUUGUGGUUAUCCGCCCGCGCUAGCUGUUUUGCAGUGAUGUUGUUGUUCCUGUGUCUUUUUCCAUGCAGCCUUGUUUUGUGUAAAAGUGCAAACGAUAAUAAUUAUAAUCACCUGAACUUUAACCGCAACAUCUACGAUAACUCAACGGUUACUGGUGGCAGUAGAGCAGCUAGUGAAGACAGUAGUGUAAUUCAUUCCUUUCGGUUUCGCGAUUUCGAGCCACGUACUUUGAGCGAGUACACAUGGCCUGCGACGGAAAGAAGUCCAGCAGAAGCAUCCGAGGGGAAGGUGAUGAAUAAUGAGGAAAAUUUUAGUAAACUCAAGGAAGAUGCGUCGGAAAAACGCAGGGCGCGUGGUAUACAUUUCGAAGCCGAUGGGAAAGACCUUUCCAUCAAUUUGGAGUUCAUUGUACCUCUCUUGCGGCUGCCCGUCUCACGUAGCUUGCAAUUAACCCAGUCGGCGUUUCGAAAAUUGGCCGAUUUGAACUCGGGUACCCUGCUACUAGGCGGUGGCAUUGCAGUUGUCGGUGCCUUUAUUGCGGCAGUACUGAAAACAGUUACCACACCUACAUUCUACGGAUAUGGCUAUAAAAAAGCCACGCGUGCAGCAGAUUUUAUGGAUACCUUCAAUUUUGUCAAUCAUGCUCCGCUGGACGAUGAAGGUGUUACGACAAAAACUACCAGUAAAGCGCAGGAAGUAUUAAAUGUUUUGGAACGAAAUCUGCAUGCUAACAAUAUAAAUAUAAGCGCUUGCGCACAGCGAGCAAUCUGCAAUUACGUACAGCGAUCCACAGCGGGCGUGCAUGGAGGGCGGGGAUCUCCCACUGAGCGCAUUGUCGAUGGACUCGUCAACUUGGAUCUGCUAAAAGCCUAUCUGAAUGGCACCGCACUGAAGAAUGCUAUAGAUUUGGGGCGUACGAAGGACGCGGCCACUUGCGAGGCCAUUUAUCGAAAUUGCAGAUGGUCGAAAAUGCAAAAUACAGCAUGGAAAAUAGCUACGGACGUUUUUAACCAGCUACUUUGAGAGAUGGUUUAGUUAAUUGUAUUUUACUAUUCAGAAUAAGAGGUGUGUUCCAAUAAUUAUUACAAUACUAUGUACUUUUUAAACUAUUUUUAUGUACAAAUUGUUUUUAUACUUUUAUAACUAGUAUAUGUAUGUAUAUAAGUGCCAAAAAUAAGUUUUUUAUAAAUUGAUUGCAAUACUAAAGAAAAAUUAGUGACUCGCCACCUAUUAA